AGGAGCAAAUGGGGGGUGCUGGAAUAGCAAGCAUUUCUCCGUUUGGUCGCUUUAAGUAUAAUUAGUGUGACGAGUCAGCCAUCCGUGUUUCUAAUUCAUAAUUUCUAGUCUACGUGUGGUGUGUUUGGGUGACCCUGCCGGGAUCGUAUAGGCUACUUAGCAGUUAUAUUGUCUUAUACAGCCACACGCUUUUUUGAUGCUCGGUGAUGUAUCCGGUGCUUCAGAGGCAGUCCUGCUGAUCACUUCGGAUCUUGGCUGCGGUUAAUCAAUGUAACUCUAGGUGUAAGUUACGGUGCUCGAUCGGGAGGAGGAGCCCUGGGCAUGCUCGCUCACGGCCCAGCGUCGGGAGCGUGUGAGACGGACAGGCUCGGUGACUGAGCCCCGGGGAGCUGUCCGUUUCAGAACCGCCGAAGCGGUCUGGGUCCUGUCCACUCGGAUCCGCAACAAGACCGCUUUGCCGAAUCAGGACUAUGCGGCAGGCAGCCGGCGAUCGGUUACAGCAGCACUUCCCUCCGCUCGGUAGGAUGAAGAUGAGGGGCCUGUCUGGGAGGGAGCCCGGGCCUGUAGUUCUCCAGCACUCUUCCCCAGUGGUGUCUGCAUAUAAUAAUCUGGACACAGAUGAGAACCAAGAACAACAAUAAAAACAGGAGCCAAGGGAACCAAAUAAGUUUGAGCAAAGGGAACAAAGCAAGCUGAAGGACUGGAGGUUUGCCCUACUGUCACUAAGGCCAUGUCCCAAGGUGGGAAGAUCCUUCAGCUAUAUGUAGAGGUGUGCUCAGUUCCAGAGGAGGUGGCCCACAUGCCUGAGGAUGUGAAAUUUGCAGACCCUGCCAUAGUACAGAAAGCAGACGUCCUGCAGCACCACAAACACACGUCUAUUCCUAGCUCCCCACAGGCCUUGCACAGUGGCAUCAGCAGUAGCCACAACCCCACUACUUCCAAAUCUCCUUCCAGACACUCGGUCAGUUUCCAGCUGCACUCAGCAGGUGAUCCCUCUGAGCCUUCUACUUUUCAUAGGCAGAGAUUGCACUAUGACUCUACAGGUCACUUGCCUUCUCUGCUGCAUCCCAGGACCAAUGGUGCGAACUUACUUGUAUGUACACAUUCCUCAGAGUCGGACAGCGUGCCGGACCCUCAGUCCCCCACGGCCUCACCCUGGAUCACCACCCCGACCACCCCAACUAGGGGACACAGUUCUUGUGUGGUAGCAGGAGUGGAUGAUGGGAGAAGGUCUGUUGUGACCUUCAGCUAUAUUGAGAAGGCCAAUGUGAAGUCUGUGGAGAGUCCUCAGAGUGUUUUGAAUAAUUACCUCAAUAGAUCUUCAGAGGAGAAGCGAAUGUCCAACCACCACCAGAAGAGGCUGAGCGAACCCAUCGGACAGGAUGGCAGAGAUUCUUCUUGCCCUUCUAGCCCCAAGGUCUCUAACCUGGCCUCAGGAACCCAGCAGACCAUGUCCCCAAAUUUUCCCUGUGCCACCACUGAGUCUAUUGCCCGAGCUGCCACCCACCGUGCUAUGAAGGAGGUCGGUUCACCAAAACUUUGGCGCAGUGUAGACAAUGUGCCAGACCAUCCUGGAAGUAAACCCGAGUCUCAAGGCCAGUCUCGAUCCAGCUCACCUGUCCUGGGGAGUGGUGCCAGUACCCUAGCUGGCACCUCCUCGAUGGACUUGGAAAAGAGCACAUUCGGGUAUGCCUUGCCUAAGAGCCCUGCCAGUGAUAAGCUGCUUGCCGACACUCAGCAAGCAGCUGUGUCCCAGGGAAACCCUGACCAGAGGAUGGGACCUGAUAGUCCCAGAUCAACGCUCAAGUCAACCAAGGCCUUGCAUGACAAGUCUUCAAGGGUUAACAGUCAAAGCUCUGGCAACCAGAGCCACAGCCAUGAUACAAGCAAUGGCCCAUUCUCAGUUCACAGGGUCAACUUCAAACCUGGAAACUCUUCCACCCAACUGGCUAGAGGGGCAAACCAGCUAAGUGGCAGAAAGGGUCUCUCUCCAGCUAACAGUCCUGAGAUGGCCCGCAAGUUAGCUGAGGAGGCCACCAAACUGUCUACCCUUUUCAAGGAGGGCAGAUACUCUCCAACACAAAUCUCUUUACGAGGCUCAGACAGCCCCACAUCUGAGCGCCAAACACAGGAAAUUCAACAGCACUCUCCCUCAAAGGAUCAUGGGUCACCGGGACCAUGGGAUGUCAAACUCGACUUGAACAUCCCCAUCCACGUCCCCUCCAAGUUGACGAAGGCCCCCCAGAGUACUGAACAGUCUUCAGGAGGAAUUUUUCCACUCUUACUGGAGACUGACGCAGGCUCGUUAGGCCUUCAGAGGAAAGAGCAAAGGGAAGGUGGUGAGGCACAGCCAUCAGAUGCCCACAACGCACGGUCACCUACUAUACCUGCUCAGCAACCCAGGACUAGCUGGUGCAACACAGAUAUAACGUCAGACCCCAUUAGAGAUCACAUCCCACAUGCUGCUGGUAGCCCCACCCUGUACCACUAUCAACCCUCCCAGUAUCUGGGAGGUGGCAGGUCCCCCACCAUGAGCAAAAAGCGCAUCUCGAAGCAUGAAUGUGAGCUGAAGAAAAGCCCAGAUACUGCCAACCAGAUCUGCUUAGGCAGGACUCCCAAUGUGGAAUCUGCCCUAAGCACCCAGCUUCACAGUGGGGAGAAGAUAACAGCAGGAUGGGACAGCCUCAGACUGGACCACCAAGAGGAUCCAUAUCCCUCCCCCCAGGGCCAACUGUUGAAGCAGACUGGGCAGCAGAAGAAGGAGGUUGUCUUAAUUAACCCUCUGCAGGGGGCUCUAGCUGUUGACGUGGACCAUAGUAGCUCCAGCAUCCAGGUGAAAGAAGGGGAUCAAAGUUCUGGUCUAGGGUCCUCCCGGAGCUCCAGUGCGAUCACUGGUAGCUAUGGAGAUAAUAGCAUGCAAGACCGGGACUGCAUCUCCCCAGAGUCCAACCAGUCUAACCAGAAGAGCACUGACACAGGACAGUCCAGCUCGGGAAUGCAGUCUGAUGGGGGCUCUUCUCCAGUGGGCCCUUCCCUGCACUCUCUACGAAUCGCUCGUGCCAAGUGGGAGUUUCUGUUCGGUAUGUCACCAGAGGACAGCGCCAUCUCUGGGAUGGAAGAUGUCCCAGACACCUCCAUGACACCCUCUAGUGGUACUUCCAGUGAGCCACCUACACCGCCCAGCUCUCUGCCUCUAAUGCGGCCCCCCCGCCAGAUGGUUGGAGGAGAUGCCUGCCUGCGGCUGGCGAACCACGAGGUGCAGCAUGUGGAGGUCGAGCUCAUGUCACCCCCUCCGGCAGCAGCCGACCCAGCGCCCAGGACAGGAAUCAUUCGGCGGACGCUCAAGUACUCAGAGACGGACCUGGAUGCUGUGCCACUGCGCUGCUACCGCGAGACGGACAUCGACGAGGUGCUUGCUGAGCAGGAGGAGGCUGACUCCGCCUUUGGCAGCAGCCCCCCGGGUGGGGCACCAUAUGCCCGCACUGAUGGUGAGGAGGAGGAGGAUGAGGAGGAGGAGGAGAAGGAAGAGAUGGUCAGCUGGGCCAGCGUCAGGAUGCAGGGGUACCGGAAGAGGCAGCACGCCACAAGGGAAGAGGAUGAGGUGUUCAGCCUGCUGCUGCGGAGGCCGUUAGACAGCCAGCCUGAUGAGCCGGGGCCACUCAAGUCACCUAUCGCGGUGGGCAGCCCCAGACGGACGUCAGAAGACGGCCUGGACAGCUUCAGCCGCCACUUUGAGAGCAUCGUGGAGUCGCACCGUGCCAAGGGGACGUCCUACAGCAGCUUGGACAGCGAGGACCUGCUCGUCUCUAGCCAGGCCAUGUUCACCUUUGACCUGCCCACGCUCACACCUGAGAUCCAAGGCCAGAUUCGACAGAGUGCCCGGAGCAUUUCAGAACUCGGCUUCGCACCGCUGGCCCAGAGCGAGCUGCCGAGUCGCUCAGACUCUGCUCCUGCGGUCAGCGACUCUGAAGGAACACAAGUAGCUGGGGAUGGCAUCUCAGGGGACAAGCCACCGGAGGGCGCCUCUGAACCAACCUCUCAGGAGAUGCAGCCUGAGGCCAGAGAGAAGCCGGCCUGGCUGAUGGUGGGGCCCAGCCCAGACCCAGAGCCAGCCGAUUGCCUCCUCAAUGGCAGCAGGUCGGACACGGGGGCCGCCAGGCGUCUCGCUAAGCGCCUCUUCAACCUGGAUGGCUUCAAAAAGUCAGAUGUGGCCCGUCACCUAAGCAAGAACAACGAUUUCAGCCGGAUGGUGGCUGAAGAGUAUCUGAGGUUCUUCAACUUCACUGGUCUGACGGUGGACCAAGCCCUCCGGGCCUUCCUGAAGGAGUUUGCCCUCACAGGAGAGACACAGGAGAGGGAGAGGGUACUGUCCUACUUUUCUAGGCGGUAUUUCCACUGCAACCCCAAAAUGAUCCCGUCUGAAGACAGUGUCCACACCCUGACCUGCGCCCUCAUGCUGCUUAACACGGACUUACAUGGCCACAAUAUUGGCAAAAGGAUGUCCUGCCUGCAGUUCAUUGGCAACCUGGAAGGGCUCAAUGACGGGCAAGAUUUUCCCAGAGAUCUGCUCAAGACGCUGUACAACUCCAUCAAGAAUGAGAAGUUGCAGUGGACCAUCGAUGAGGAGGAGCUGCGCAAGUCGUUCUCAGAGCUGGCGGAUGGCCGCACGGACUCCGCCUCCCACACCAUGAAGCGAGUCAGCAGUGGGAGUAACCCCUUCGCAGGAGUGGCGCAGCAGCCGGGCGCUCUGCUCUACAAGAACGGAUUCCUGGUGCGCAAAGUCCAUGCCGAUUCCGACGGCAAGAAAACUCCUCGGGGAAAGAGGGGCUGGAAGGCCUUCUAUGCAGUGCUGAAGGGCCUCAUCCUAUACCUGCAGAAGGGUGAGUAUCGGCCAGAGAAGCAGCUGUCCGAUGAGGACCUGAAGAAUGCUGUGUCCAUCCACCACUCGCUGGCCAUGCGGGCAUCCGACUACAGCAAGAGGCCCAAUGUGUUCUACCUGCGCACUGCUGACUGGAGGGUCUUCCUUUUCCAGGCUCCGUCUGUCUGCAUCUGACGUGACGUGGAGCGAGAUCUCCCAGCGGCUGCAGGAGUGGAGUAUAAACUGACUGCAGCCAAGUCGGACAACUUCUACUAGUAUGCCAGACCUGACUGCAAUGGCAGCACUGCCAGGAGGGUGUACAUAAUCUAUACAAAUAUCACCUGCAUGCACAUUACUUCUUUUACAAUAACCAACUAGCCAGGAAAAAAGAUCAAAUGCAUUUAUUUCAAGGAUUCAAAGUUUUUAUUGUUAUGUACAGAGUACAAUGCAAUUCUUACUUGAAUGCCUUCUUCACAGACUAGACGAUGAAACAAAGCAGCGAAACAUUACAGUAACCAACAAUAAAUAAACAACUAACUUACGUGUACUAUUGCAGCAUUUAUGUCAUUUAUUUAAACUUAAUUUUACCAGGUAAAUUAACUGAAAACCAGUUCUCACUGCUUUUCGGGAGAAAUAGCAGAUAAGGCAUCGGAAGUUCCUGGGAUACAAGCGUCAUGCGUGUGACUAAAAUUUUCAACCAAAAUGGGCAAAGCUGAGGUGGUUCCAGUUUGUGCAGCCGGCUGAGAGGCGCUGCACGAUCUGUCUUAGGUCGUCUUGCUCUCGCGAGGUUUUUGUACCAUGUGACAUGUGGUGAUGUUUUGCAGUGUCGGCUUAAGUAGGACAAAAAAAUCUAACUAUGAUGCAUUGCAUCAGGACCAGAAUGCAUUGCUUUUAAGCCAGCUCUGUAAGUGGCUGCAUGAAGUCGAACGCACCCGAUGUUAGGAUGGUUAGCAGGAUUGUUUAAGACGAUUAAAUGAAUGCAGGUUGUUAUGUUAAAAGAGACCAUGAUGUUGACUAAGACAAAGCAGCAUGUGUGUGAAGCGGCUUCUUACGCUGUGAGUGUGUUUCACAUCCUCCUACAGCAAUGCAGAGCAGAUGCAGUCCUGGAUCACCUGCAUUAAUACGGUGGCAGCCAUGUUCUCAGCUCCACCUUUCCCUGCAGCCAUUGGCUCCCAGAAGAAGUUCAGUCGGCCCCUGUUGCCAGGUUCCACCACUAAACUG